GUCGAGGUGAAGCGGAGACAGAACGAGGACGGUGCUCUCUGUUGUGAAUGUCUCUUAUUUUGUUUUUCCAAAACAACUUAUCCCCCCACCUCUCCACACAACUUUAUCUCAAAACUGCAGCGUGUAAACAAGGAAGUAAAUAUUUAUUGUUUGUUUUGUUUGACCGUUCGACCGCCAACAAGCCGCCGCGGGGAGUCCGGUGGGAAACUCUUCACCGUGGAUGUGCUUCUGAUGUUUUUGGCUGUUUGUUUCCUCGGAAUCUGUCGGAGCCCCCACAAAACAAGCGGUGUGUUUCUUUUUUCACUCCUCACCUGCUCUCCGUGUGCUAACGAGCCGCUUCCCGUCUUUUUCCGCCUGGUUUGCGGCUGUCGGAGGACGCGGACACGCGGACGUCGUUAAACGGACGCUGAACUGCGGGGCGGCUGGUCUUGUUUGAAAUUAACGACGGUUGGUCGUCGUCAUAAAGGAGGAUGGAUUUAUCUCCGUGAUUCAGCGCAUCCUGACGGAGAUAACGAUGUUUCCCCAGGGACGACACCCGACGCCCCACCAGGCCCCAGGCCAGCCCUUCAAGUUCACUAUACCAGAAUCACUGGACCGCAUCAAAGAGGAGUUCCAGUUCCUCCAGGCACAGUACCACAGUCUCAAGCUGGAGUGUGAGAAGCUGGCCAGUGAAAAGACUGAGAUGCAGAGACACUACGUCAUGUAUUAUGAGAUGUCCUACGGCCUCAACAUUGAAAUGCAUAAACAGACUGAGAUUGCCAAGAGACUAAACACCAUCUGUGCACAAGUCAUCCCCUUCCUCUCCCAAGAGCAUCAGCAGCAGGUGGUCCAAGCUGUGGAGCGGGCCAAACAGGUGACCAUGUCAGAACUCAAUGCUGUCAUCGGGGUACGUGGACUGCCAGGUCUUCCACCUACACAGCAGCAUCUAUCUCACAACCACGGUGGUGCACCUGUGCCCCUGACGCCACAUCCUGCAGGUCUACACCCCUCGCAGCUGGGUAGCUCAGCUGGUCUUUUGGCUCUGUCGGGAGCAUUUGGUGCUGUUCCCUCACAUCUGACAGGAAAAGAUGUUGAAAAAAAGCCCCACCUGUCUGCACCAGAAGCACACACUACAGGAUCUGACCACUUGAGAGACCGUGAGCCUGGCUCCAGUAAUUCAUUGUUGCCAGAAAGUCUUAGGAAUUCAGAUAAGCGCCGAAAUGGACCAGAUUUUCCAAAUGACACCAAAAAACGCAAAGUGGAUGACAAGGACUCAAGUCAUUAUGAUAGUGACGGGGAGAAAAGUGAUGAUAAUUUAGUGGUGGAUGUCUCAAAUGAGGACCCAGCCUCCCCACGUGGCACACCUCUCCCCUCGCCUAGAGAGAAUGGCUUGGACAAGGCACGUCUCCUCAAGAAAGACCCCGGUAGUCCAGCCUCUACUGCAUCAUCAGCUAGCUCUUCCUCACUCAAGUCCAAAGAAAUGGCAAUGAGAGACAAGGCAGGUACACCUGGGCUAAAGUCAAGCACCCCAACACCAAGAAGUGAUUCUACACCUGGUCCAAGCUCUACCACUGGAAUUCGGCCCAGCCUAUCAAAACCCCCUUCCAUGGAGCUACCACACCCACCUAGUGCAGGUCUGCGGACCCCACUAGCUGUGCCUGGCCCAUACCCAGGUGCAUUUGGUAUGUUACCCCAUGCAGCAGGUAUGAAUGGGGAGUUGGCCAGUGCAGCUGGGGCGGCAGCAUAUGCUGCUGGUCUGCACAACAUGUCACCUCAGAUGAGCGCUGCGGCUGCUGCUGCGGCUGUGGCUGCGUAUGGUCGUUCACCAAUGGUCGGUUUUGACCCUCAUCCUCACAUGCGAGUUCCUGGAAUGCCUCCCAGUCUGACAGGAAUCCCUGGCGGCAAACCAGCCUACUCAUUUCAUGUGGCAGCUGAUGGGCAGAUGCAGCCAGUACCAUUCCCACCAGAUGCUUUGGUGGGUCCAGGGAUCCCCCGCCAUGCUCGCCAGAUCAAUACACUGAACCACGGCGAGGUGGUGUGCGCUGUUACCAUAAGUAACCCUACCCGGCACGUUUACACAGGGGGAAAGGGUUGUGUCAAGGUUUGGGACAUCAGUCAUCCAGGCAACAAGAGCCCGGUGUCACAGCUCGACUGUCUGAACCGAGACAACUACAUCCGCUCCUGUCGUCUUCUCCCUGAUGGUCGAACACUGAUUGUUGGAGGUGAAGCCAGCACCUUGUCAAUCUGGGAUUUGGCCACACCCACUCCCAGAAUUAAAGCAGAAUUAACUUCAUCAGCGCCAGCAUGCUACGCUCUGGCCAUUAGCCCAGACUCCAAAGUGUGCUUCUCCUGCUGCAGCGAUGGAAACAUUGCAGUCUGGGAUUUGCACAACCAGACACUAGUUAGACAGUUUCAGGGCCACACAGAUGGAGCCAGUUGUAUUGACAUCUCCAACGAUGGGACCAAACUGUGGACUGGAGGUCUGGAUAAUACUGUUCGCUCCUGGGAUCUGAGAGAGGGACGGCAGCUCCAGCAGCAUGACUUUACAUCACAGAUUUUCUCACUCGGAUACUGUCCAACAGGAGAGUGGCUCGCUGUUGGAAUGGAGAGCAGUAAUGUUGAAGUGCUUCACGUUACCAAGCCUGACAAGUACCAGCUUCACCUCCAUGAGAGCUGUGUUCUGUCCCUGCAGUUUGCCUACUGUGGUAAGUGGUUUGUGAGCACAGGAAAGGAUAACCUACUGAAUGCAUGGAGAACGCCCUAUGGAGCCAGCAUAUUCCAGUCGAAAGAAUCCUCCUCUGUGCUCAGCUGUGACAUAUCAGUGGAUGACAAGUACAUCGUCACGGGUUCGGGGGAUAAGAAGGCCACAGUUUACGAGGUCAUCUACUGAAAAUGUGGAGACAAAGGUGAUUUGUCUUUUUCAGCACACCCGGUGUGUUUCUACAUGUUUUGGACUUGCGGAUGUAGAACUCACAGGAAUAAGCUUGAUGACGUGUCGCAUCUGCUGAGGAGAUGGAGAAAAGACAUUUUACGUGUACAUAUCCGGUGUGUGCAGGUUUUGCUUCAUUGUAGCUGGAAAUAAAUUGCAGCCAGAGGAUAUUAAUGGAAGCAGCAAAACUGGAUGCUCCUUUCUCCCUGCUGGUUUCUGCUGAGGACUGCACUGGGAUCAGUUACAGAGACUUGAUCACUGACUGAACCAAAGGAACAUUAGACAAAAUAACCAGGGAGACAUGAGAAUGAACACUCAGAUGGAGGGGUGAUUUUUGAAAGAGCAACAAUAGAAUAGUGAAGGAGGAGAAUGGACCAACUACUGGAGAGAGAUCAUGGUGAUUACAGAUUGUCUGCCAUUGGAAAAUGUGGUUUGGAUUUUGUUCCACACAGGUCAUCUUUAGGCCUCUGACUUUGACCACAUAACCUCGACUGACUCUUAUGGUGGUCCUACGCUGUCUGAAUCCUGAGAAAUGGCUGUACUGUCUCAACUGCCUUUAUUAACCACACAGUAGUGUUAGCUGUUCACACACAGGCUUUUUAUUUAAAUGACCUGUGCUUCAUUCCAUUCUGAAUGUCUCCUUGAACCACAUCCAGUUGUCAUUUAUUUCUGUGAUGCAUGAAUUUUAUCUUCAUGAUACAUUGCAAAUUUUGAUGGGAACAAAUGAACUUACACAACCAAAUAUAAUCGCCCUUAUGAUGUGCAGACUGCACGGCACUGGACAUCUUACAGUGAAAAUCUGGAUGUGUGCAACUCUGACUCCUCUGUGUCACUCUUUUCCUCUUUUGCCUUUAACACCAUUUCUCAUCAUUAUCCUUCAUUUUCCUGGUUGCAAAGAAUACUUGAGGAGAAUUUGAAAGAAAAAACAUUUAUAUUCAUAUUUGUUUUUAAUUUAUCGUUCUUGCACCUUCUCAUUUUCUGCUUUAGUUUAGUCUAUUUCCCUGCUCAUUUUUUUGUUCACACAGCUGCAAUUCUGAAGUCUGCAGGACGUCGAGAAGUUGAGACCAAACUAAAACACAAGUACUAAUCAGUUGUUGGCUACAUGUGUUGUUGUUGUUGUUUCCAUUUGCGGAGUGAAGGCUGGUUUUCUUACACGUGGUUCUCGCUGAGCUGACCCGACGAGAUUUGCGUCUUUCAACUGAGAAAUUGAAACAUAUUCAGCUAGGUAAAAUAUCAGAGUGGGAAA